AUGGUUGGUGGGUUUCAGGAUAUCAAGGUGUCUGAUGACUUCAACAUGCAGCUUCACUCACUUAUGAGUGAAGGUUUCUUCGAUGAAGGCUACCCGUUGUUCGGUCAUGCUGUGUGCAAAGUGGCGGAACGUUGUCUUGGCGAGGAAAAACGUCAGGUGGCUCUACAUGCUCCUGGCGGGUUUUUGUCCGAGGAGUAUAAGGAGAAAUGCAAAGAUGUCAAAAAGCAGGAUCACAAUUACCAGUUUGCGGGUUACAAGGAGCUGCGGCGUGUUUUGGCGAUCGGCAGGAUCAUUUCUAUUCUUCGUGACUAUUACUCGGGGAAGAAGGCGCGGAUUAGUGUGGAAGGUGGCUUGUCCGAAGAGUUUGAGCUGGAAACAGGCCUUGGGCAGGGGUGUUGUGUGGCUCCGCUGCUCUUCAACAUUUUCUUGGCUGCUGUUGUUGAGGCUUGGGUUGGGGAGUCUGGUGGAGGGGUACAUUGGCUCACUCGAAUUGAUGGGGCCCUGUUACACAGGGAAGCACAGGACAAAUACUCGUCUUGGGAGGCUUUAGAUCUUCAUGAACUUGGCUAUGCUGAUGAUGCUGCACUCAUUGCCGAUACGCUUUCGCAAUUGCAUGGGAUGGCUAAAGGUUUCCAGCUUCAUCUUCGGGAAUGGGGUCUUCAAUUGUCGGUCGAAAAGACUGAAGCCAUGUCUUCUGCUCCGGGUUCGCAUGCACCUAUUCAGGUUGAGGAGUUCGAAGGCUUUGACGCUAUAAAGUUCUCCGAGUACUUUGAAUACCUUGGU